AUGGAUUCGACCGGUUCCUCCCAGGGUCAGCCAAGUAAGCGUUUAGCUUGCAACCGAUGUCACCAGCAGAAACUACGCUGUCAUCGAAAUAUACUCCCGGGACGACCAUGUGCUCGUUGUGAGAAUGCUGGCACAGAAUGCAUAUUCGAGCCGCCAUUGCGUCCGGGUAGACCUAGCUCGCGAUGCAAAGUACAGAGCAUGCAAAAAUCUGCCAAAGACACCGAAAUGGCAAUCACAAACGGCGAUGAACUCAACUACGCUUCGAGGCAAUGCACCCAUUCUGUUGCGCGACAGGAUGUGGGCGUGGACUUGGAAGGCUUGGGGGAUUCAACUAGAUGCGAUAACCCGGCAGCCGCAGGUUGGUUCUCACUAUUGAGUUGUGCCGCAGGCUUCGGUUCAUAUAAUUCUGACGCCAGCAGGGAUCGAUUCUAUGAAUCUUUUGUACGGCUCUCCAUUUCCUGA